GCAUUAUCCUUACUGAUAAUGCGAGCCUGCAAAAAAUUAUCAGGAUGUCACAUUUUCCGUUUUAGUUUCGCUGCCGGGCAUAUACUCUCUUUACCGUUCACAAAUAAACCAAACGCAGUCGGUGGCUCCGAUCUCGCUCUUUAGCUCUCUCUCUCUUUCUCCUUUGCUUUAGAUUCAUCUCUUCUCUGCGAGAAAGGUUUCUGAGUUGCUGCGAAGUCUUCGAUCAUUGUUAGUUGGGUCUCGAGUUGCCAGAACGCUACACUAAAUGUAAUAUGCUUAAAAUGGAUAAUCGAGGUGACUUCCUUCAUUUGCUCGGACUUGAUAUGUCAACAAAGAUUCUCAACCAUUUGGAUGACCCAUCUGACGUUGUCCGGGCUUGUUCUGUUUCGAGAUCUUGGCACCGAUUUGUGAUUGAAAAUGGCCUUUCCAAGCAGCUUUGCUUGAAAAUUUUUCCUGAGAUAUCUAAUGUCACGCAUAUUAUUGAAGUGAACAACAUGAUUGAACCUGCAAAAAUCAGCAGUGAUGAUUCUGCAGAAUGGGAACGCCUUAAGAGGGAUCACAGAGUAUAUGCCUUCUUAACUCGAGGCCUGACCCCUUUCAUGAGAGGUGAUUGUAUAUCAGAGCCCAUUAGCGCAUCAAGCACUGAUAAUUACCCUGGCGAAAGCAUUCAGAAUACCUUGGAACCAAGAGAUAGAGUUGAGGACAGAGCUUCCUACUGGUCAAGUAAAGGGGAAAGUGAUCCCGGUGUUCCUGAAACAUUGAUCUAUAAGUUGGUUGCCAAUUUGUGUGUUGUUACUGAAAUCCACGUUCAACCUUUCCAAGCAUAUUUUCAGUAUGGCUUUCCUAUAUAUUCAUCUAAGGCUGUUCGAUUUAGAAUGGGUUAUCCCAGACGUCCAUUGAGGUUUGAUGAGGACAAAAGAGAUGCUUUGUUAGCUGCACACGAAUGGAUGGAUGAUGAGUUUAUUUGGACUUAUACAUCGCCAGAAUUUCCGAUGGCUCAGGAGAACUGCUUGCAAAAGUUCAAGUUACCAGAACCUGUUCUUUGCAUUGGAGGGAUUCUGCAGGUCGAGUUAUUGGGUCGGGUUCAGAGACAAGAAAUGGAUGGAUUAUACUACAUAUGUGUUUCCCAUGUUCAAGUUGUGGGACGAUCACUCUUACUACCGUUUGAUAUUCAAGUGCUUGACCCCUCAGGAUUGUGUGCCCUAAUAUACCAACCGAAAACAGAGUGUUGCAAGUCUUCAACACAAUCAUCCGUGACAGAGGCAAGCAUGCCUUCUCACUUCCGUGCAUUUACCGAAAGAUUGAUGCUGCUGCUGAGUAGGGCUGUUGUUGCCAACCGUGUAUGAUAUCUCGCUUUCCAUUGCUUUCUAUCUUCUGUAUAAAUCCAGCUAGGUCUGGAGAGACAUUAGUACUAUCUGGUACUACUUACAUGGUGUUAGAUCAGUGAUAAAUAUUGUUGAUGCAAAUUAUUGUCUUCAUAAAUCAAGCUGUCAGCAAUGUAUAUAGUGCGGUCUGUGUCCCGUUUGACCAUGGUUUUCUAUAGUCUAUGUCCCAACUCCUAAACAAGGUCUUGAGAAAUUGUCUGCCUAUUAGGACCUACUCAGAGCCAUGCAGGAGCGAACUGCCUCCUAUUUCUGAAUUUCGAUGAUAGUGUUUUAGUAUA